UGGUGGACCUCUCCGUCACUAGAUGGCGGGCGCGUCGAGCUCCAGCACCAGCAGCCGCGUUAAAGCUUCUUCCGCCGCUGUUGUUCCAGUCUCCGCAAAAAUGGCCGCGGUAGGACGUCUAUCCCAGAAGCUCCUGAAGUCCGCUGCGCUGACCCAAACCCGUCAGCUGUCGGCUGCAGUGGCUCACAGCGAACAAGCAGCCAAGACCUGGAAGAUCCUGUCGUUUGUGGUGGCGCUGCCCGGCGUCGCGGUGUGCAUGCUGAACAUGUACCUCAGGGCCCAACAACACAACCAUGAGCAGCCGGAGUUCAUUUCCUACAGCCACCUGCGCAUCCGCAGCAAGCGUUUCCCAUGGGGUGACGGCUCCAAGACGCUCUUCCACAACCCCCACGUCAACGCCCUCCCCGAUGGCUACGAGCAGCAUGAUCAUUGAAAGCUGUCUGGAGCUCUAUCAGAACUCCCCUACAGGGACCAGAAAGCCCUCUGUCUCCCCCUCUCAUUUUCUCUGGACCACUCCUCAUUUUUUUCCAGUUUACAUAACAUCAACAUUUUGAUCUUACCUCUGUGCUCUCCACACCUAGUGGAAGUACCUUAUGGAAACAGUUACGACCAUUGUAUCACCUUGACUGCUUAAACUGAAAUAAAAUA